AUGCCCAACGGCGGAGGAAGAUCCAACAGAUGUGCUCCAACACUUUUGCAAUGGACCUUCAGGACGCAAGGGUGGCCGACCCGUAUUAAGGAAAAAGGAAACAAUCGAGAAGCAGAGGCGGACUUGACACUGAAACCCAAGUCGGAUGACAGCAAGGACCAUCCAAGUGUCCUAGAGGGAGGACCGCCUGCAGCCCAGGAUGGGGCAGCACGUCUAGCGUGCAGCAGCAGCAACCGCGAGGGAAUCCAGGGUAGGAAAUGCAAUCAGGAUGGCCAACGAGCGAGAGGGGAAAAAGAAACACUGAAGUCGCAAAUUGAGAUGAAAAAGGACGGCGAUGAUGAGGAUCUACUGGGCUUGCCGUUUCAGGGGGUGAAAGAUUAA